UUGUUCUCCAAGUCAGAAGCCCCGCAGCUGCGGCGGCGAGAGCGGAGCAAGCGGAGCGCACGGUCUGCGGGUCCACAGGCGCGGGUGACCCGGAGCCUCCGCGGGAGCCCGCGCCCCGCCCCGUCCCGCCCCGCCCGCCGCGCCUCAGCCGGGACCCACCCGCAGCGGAGGCUGAGCCCGGCGGCGGCUCCUCAGAGCUCGCCCACCUCCUUGCGCCGGAGCGCAGGCAAAAGGGGAGAAAAGAUUCCUCGCUUUGGUCACCACUCUUUCUCGCCUUCUCCAAGAAUUUGUUUAAGGUAGUGCUGCGGGCAGAAGACAUCUUUUUGAAUUCUCCGGCAGGGGCGGGGUCUGCCGCUGCCCUGCGGUGCCACCUCAGCGACACUGCCCUCUGUUAGGACCCCUGACCAGCCGAGGUCACGUUCGGGAGACCGAAUCAUGAAGCGCUCGGUGACCGCUUGGCUCUUGAUCGGGCUUAGCCUCGGUGUCCCCCAGUUCUGCAAAGGUGAUAUUUGUGAUCCCAAUCCAUGUAAAAAUGGAGGUGUUUGUUUGUCAGGAUUGUCUGACAAUUCCUUUUCCUGUGAGUGUCCAGAUGGCUUCACAGAUCCCAACUGUACUAGUGUUGUGGAGGUUGCAUCAGAUGAAGAAGAGCCAACUUCAGCAGGUCCCUGCGUUCCUAAUCCAUGCCAUAAUGGAGGAACCUGUGAAAUAAGUGAAGCGUACAGAGGGGACACAUUCAUAGGUUACAUCUGUAAAUGUCCUCGAGGAUUUAAUGGGAUUCACUGUCAGCACAACAUAAAUGAAUGUGAAGCUGAGCCUUGCAAAAAUGGUGGAAUAUGUACAGAUCUUGUUGCUAACUAUUCCUGUGAGUGCCCAGGUGAAUUCAUGGGAAGAAAUUGUCAGUACAAAUGCUCAGGCCCAUUGGGAAUGGAAGGUGGAAUCAUAUCAAAUCAGCAAAUCACAGCUUCCUCUACCCACCGAGCUCUUUUUGGACUCCAGAAGUGGUAUCCCUACUAUGCACGUCUCAAUAAGAAGGGGCUUAUAAAUGCAUGGACAGCUGCAGAAAAUGACAGAUGGCCAUGGAUUCAGAUAAAUUUACAAAGAAAAAUGAGAGUCACUGGUGUGAUUACUCAAGGAGCUAAAAGGAUUGGAAGUCCAGAAUAUAUAAAAUCUUACAAAAUUGCCUAUAGCAACGAUGGAAAAACUUGGACAAUGUACAAAGUAAAAGGCACCAAUGAAGACAUGGUGUUUCGUGGAAAUGUUGAUAACAACACACCUUAUGCUAACUCUUUUACACCCCCGAUAAAAGCUCAGUAUGUAAGACUCUAUCCGCAAGUUUGUCGAAGACACUGCACUUUGAGAAUGGAACUUCUUGGAUGUGAACUAUCAGGCUGUUCGGAGCCUCUGGGGAUGAAAUCAGGACAUAUACAAGACUAUCAGAUCACUGCAUCAAGCAUCUUCAGGACUCUCAACAUGGACAUGUUCACUUGGGAACCAAGGAAAGCUCGGCUGGACAAACAGGGCAAAGUGAAUGCCUGGACCUCUGGCCACAAUGACCAGUCACAAUGGUUACAGGUGGACCUUCUGGUCCCUACCAAAGUAACUGGCAUCAUUACACAAGGAGCUAAAGAUUUUGGUCACGUACAGUUCGUAGGCUCCUACAAACUAGCUUACAGCAAUGAUGGAGAACACUGGACUGUAUACCAGGAUGAAAAGCAAAAAAAAGAUAAGGUUUUCCAGGGCAAUUUUGACAAUGAUACCCACAGGAAAAAUGUCAUCGACCCUCCCAUCUAUGCACGGCACAUCAGAAUCCUCCCCUGGUCCUGGUAUGGGAGGAUCACGCUGCGCUCGGAGCUGCUGGGUUGUACAGAGGAAGAGUAAGGAGCCUCCACACCCCACAACCCUCUUCUCUGUCCCCCUAAAACUAUCUCCGUGGGAAGAACUGUACAAACUCUGUAGGAAACUGAAUGGGAUUUUUCAUAAAAAAUGCUCAAAUUAUGUCCACUGUCUUUUUCAGGAGGUCUAAGCCUGCCUUUUCAAUGGUUUAAUUUUAAUUUCUAUUGUUUUAAAUUUCUUAAGCAACAUCACAUACCUUGUGCAUUACUUUUGUCAUUGUUUUCUGAAUUAUUCUCAAUGGUUGAAAUAUAUUAAGGAAAGAAAGUAGCACUCUUUUGAUAGCAAGGGUAAAAAAAAAUCUCAUAAUUAUCAAAUAAAAGCAAGAGUUGAUAGAGCAUUUAUAAUCAAUACUCAGCUAAUUCUUAUAAAAGGAACACUGCAAUGUUAGCAAUAAGUUUUUUUUCUUCUGUAAUGACUCCACAUGAUCAUAAUUGUUUUCCCUGUGCCUACCGAACACUGUCAGUGUUUAUAACCGAAUUUUGAAGAAUCAGUUACAUGCAGGUACUAAUUGAUAUUAUAAUUCUCAUUUUACUUUCAUUAUUUCUAAUCAAAUAUAUCAUGUGAUCUUUUUCCUUUUCAUUCUAUUCUAUAUUCUUUAUAUUGUAUAUUGACUAAGUCCUAUAUUUUUCUAAUUGAGUUUUUUCCUGUUAUUUGCCAAAAAGUUUCAUGUUUGUGUGUGUGUAUAUGUAUGCAUAUAUAUAUGCAUACAUAUAUAUGGAACAUGAUUGCAUAUCAGUAGAUUGAUCAUAUUUAAUAUCAGUAGAUUGAAUCUGCAAUUCUAUUUUUGAAGGAAGCUAUAACUAUAUAAUUUCCAAAUACUUCCUUUAUAAAAAACCCAUUACAACCAUUUUGCAAGAUAUAAACAACAACAAAAUAGUAUUAUGUCCCUUUAAACCAGAAGUUAAAACUUUGUUUUGACGGUAUGUACAUAGCCUUAUCUUUAAAAUAAUACAAUAAUGAAUUCUUUGUCCAUUUAAAAUUUUUUUGGCAAACAAAUAUUAACACAGUGCUGCAGAGCCUGGCCAAGCAUACUCAUCAUUUCUUUGUUCAUCUCUGCAUUUCCUGUGAAACUAAAACUUUACUGAGACUUGAAUGAAACUGGUGGCAGUUUCCCAGGAAAGCACACUGUGUAGUUAUUUGUGAAAAGUAUUUACUAAUGACAAUGUAGUAGAUCAUUUUAAGAUGAAAAUUGAUUUCUAUUUAUUUUGCUUCAGAGGUCCUGAAAAAAUAAGCAAUUAUCAUAACAAUUUGUUAUUGAUAAUGGAGGUUUCAUUGACAUGUUUCUCAAAUUAAAGUUCACACUGCCUCCAUAAUAGUCCUCAACAUCUAAUUUAUAAGCUUUACAAGCAUUUAUUUUAUAAGGCUUAGACACAGAAUUAUUGGAGUUUUAAAUUAAGGGUCCUGGAAAAGAAAGUAUAGUAUGUGUAUGAAAUGUUAAGGUCCUGUGCAAAACUGAGAAGUUGGUUUUGUUUUUUUUUUUUCCCCUCUAUUAUUUGUGCUGCAUAACAAAAGCCACUAGACUGUUACUGUCUUGUCUGUCCAUGUGUUAACAGCAUUUCUUAAUGAUGUAUAUAUGGAGUGGUCUUCAAUCAUAGUGAAGAAUUUAAAGGGAAAGUCAAUCAUAAUGGUGUUUUUAAUAAGAGUAAAAUUAGGACUGGCUGGCCACACAUUUUUCCGAUGCCCAUGGGCUUUCUACUUCAGGUUCUUAUGAAAUUGUUGAUUGGAAGCAUCUGAAACGGUAAUCAUUUUUCAGCAUCUUUCACAAACAAAAUUGUUAGGUCCCAAUAUUGCCUUUUUCAGACAACUUUAAAAUUAAGAAUUAAAUCUUUUUAAUUUCCUAAAUAUCAAAGUUGUAUUACAAAUAAUUACUUAGGUCCAAAAAGACACACACACUUACUGUCUAGCCAAUGCCUUUUAUUUCCGUAAACAUCUACUGCCCCACCAAAUUUCUAGCCGUUUUCCUUUGCAGACUAUGCACGAUUCUUCAUUCCAAACAGAGUAGGUUUUAGAAAUUAUGAGUAAUGCUUUGUAAUGAUUUACUUUCUCAAAACUAUUCCUGGCUUCUUGUGAUGUUUUGAGUUUUAUUUUAUUGAUAGUUUUUUAAACAAAUAUUUUAAAAGGGAGUUUGUUAAACUUACAAAACAAAUAUUUUAAAAGGGAGUUUGUUAAACUUACACUUCUUACCUUUUAGAAAUACAGUGGAGUGGCUCUCUCUUGCCUGUGCAUUUUCUCUCUGCUCUCUGCGCUCUUCACUAAUGUGGCAUGACCAGUGGGGUAUCUAUUUGUCCCACGAUGCCUCAAAUUCGUGAAGACAAAGGGAUUCCCACAUGUGGUGAUGUUAACAAUUCCUGUGAAGUAGUAUGUAGCUUUUGUAUCAUUUGCAUCAAUGACACCGAAGGGAAACAAAUUUAUUCUAUUUAAAUUCACCCUAAAACAAAUGAAAUCUUAGAAGCAGAACACACAGAAAAAUCACCUAAGUCUUCGCUAUAUGGAGUAGCUAUAAUAUGCUAGUUUUAUAAUCUAUGAAAUAACAUUCUAAACAUCUCCAUUUUAUCUAUGUCCUGUUGAAAGCACUUAUCAUAGUAACUAAUUCUAAUUUCAGGGUUGACUUUCUCUUUCUGAAUGGCUUCAAAGGAUUGGUGUGAACUUUGAAGACUUAGGGUACUAAUGAUUGUAUCUUUGCUAGUCAACAAAUUAUGAAACAAUACUGCUGGCGUCUGAUGUGUCAGUAAGUACAGAAGUUACUAAGACACAAAUAACCUUUGCAAACUUUCAAGCUGUGUAAUAUUCCAAUGUUGGUUUUUUUCUUUAUAUAUAGACUUAAAUCGUGUAGGAUGUUGUAAAAUUAGUAUGACCUUGUCUAGUCUUCAAACUUAAAAUAAAACUUUUGAAAAUCUGGGAUACCUUUGAAGCAGUUGUAAUUAAACACAUUUGUAAGAAUACACAAAUUGUCUGAAUGCCCACUACUCUUAACUACAUGCUUGAUGUACUUUUUCUUUGUACAAGACAAUUAAGCAAAUGCAUAAAAAAACAAAUUACAGUAGCCUCCAAAUACCCCUUGAUAACAGCUAACCUCAAUUUUCCAAAAUUUUUAAAAUGUGUGCAUUUCUCCCACUCCUUUUAGCUGUGCAAAAUUUAUUAGAAUACUGGUAGCGCAAAGUCAUUUUCUGCCUCAUACAUGUUUAAAGUUUUGUGUUCCAGGAUUGAUCUGCCCGUUGUUAAUCACAUGCCAUUGCUAGCACUUCUAGUAUUUUUUAAAUACAUGAUUCUCAGGAGCAUAAUGAAGCAAUCCAGUCAAUAAUAAGCAAUAACACAAAUAUUAAUAAUAUAUUUACCCAUGUAACAUCAGCUAUUGCUUAAAGACUGUCAGAACACUUGAUUUCUUCAUAAGCCCUGUUUCUGCCUCUCUGGAAGUCAUGGGUAAAAUAUUAAGUCUGUGUUCUUCCCACUUCUUAAGAUAUUUUCUUAAGAUUCAAAAAUCUAGGGAAAAAAAAGUAAGCUAUUAGAUGUUGAUUCCUUAGUUGAGUUUCAGUGAAUCUCUGAGAGAUCUUGGUAUCAACUUGUCAUGUGUGUUCAUUGUAGUCAUGUGUAGUCAUGUGUAGUCAUUCAUGUUCCCCUACUUUAACUGCAUUUGAAGGUGAAUGCUUCAGUGGGCCUCCAUUGCUUACCUCACCUUUUCACAUACACAAACAUAUACAAAUAUGCUUUUACUAAGUUAAAUAUAUAUAUAUAUAUAUAAUAUCAUAUAUUUAAUAUAUACUUAAGAAGGCCAAUAAAGAAUCAGGACAACAUCUACACAGAGUAAAAAUUCAUUGUGAUAGAAUAAAUACUCAACAGAAAAUUUUUCAAUUAUGAAGCUUUUAAAAUUACUGAUUCAAGAUGUGGAAACAAUAGGAACAUUUAGAAUUCCAAGGAGGAAAGUCUGACCCUGUUGGAAUCUGUUUUAAAAAUCAAUUAGGGAUAACAUCAUGAAUGGAAGAUAUUCUCUCUGUAGAACCUACAAGUUUAAAACAUCUAGCACUUCAACUGUGAGUACAUGAUUUUAAGUAAAGAUUUUGGUAAAGAAACAUUAGUUUUUACUGUCGGUGAUGCAGUGUUCUCUAUCUCUCCUCCCUAAGGCCAGUUGAAAACAAUAUUAACAAUGGAGUUAGUGUGUUAUUUGUGCAAAAUAUUGCCUCUAGCCUUCAAAAUGCAAAACAACUCUUUUACCUGAGCAGGUAAAGUGGAGGAUUAAGCCACUUUGCUAGCUGGAAAUAACCUGAACUGCUCUGAAACAGAAUGCAAUGUUAAAUCUGUCUUUACAAAGAAAGAAUACCUAGUGUAUGUAGCAAUUUUUCUAUUGAUUUUGAAGGGGGAAAUAGGAUUCCUUGAUUCUACUGCAGUAAGUAUCUAUAAUUCAUAUUGGAAGUUUCAAAAUUGCUACCAAAUAAAGUGUUUUCCACAGUAGGCAAGUGGCACUUACUCAGAGAGUGAUUCUAUUAGAUGAAUUUGGUAACGGAAACAGGAAAACAUUUUUGGAAAAGGCUCCUCAUUUAGUUGUUUUUGCAUAUCUUGGCAGGAGUUGAUUGAGUCAUUUGAAAACACUAAUGCUGUGGAAAUAUGGUAUAGUAACAUCACCAAAUGGUCACCAUAUUACAUGAUUAGGCAUUGCAUAUGGUGACUGCCUCUGAUUUAAUUUUGUUUUAAUGUCCUCAAAGGCAUGAACCACACUCUUCUAUAUUUAUGUAAAGUCCCCCUAGUGCCAUUCACAUGCCUAGCCAUGAAUAUGUUAAUUAUGAUGAUGAAUUGACAUAAGAUCAACUUGCUGCUACCUGGAAAAGAAGUGGUGGGAGUGAGACUGAUGCCGCAUUCAAACAGCAAGUCCCCCGUGGCCAGUACGGAAACAGCUUCGUAAUGACUUGUAGGAGCAGCGGGGCCCAGACGUUGUAGAGAAUUAAGGGGAAGGCGACUGGGAGCGGACUGCAUGCCUAUGACAGAGAAGGAAUGUUUCCAAUAAUAAAUGACUUAAAUGGCAGAUUAAACCUGGAUUGGCACCUAUUUUAUAAUUGUUCCGCUUCUUAGUGAAUAAUAGAGCUAAUUAUAUAAAAAUGAGAAAUAUAAUGAAGAAUUUUAAAAUAGUGUAUUUUAAAAAUAAUAAAAGAGAAUUAAGAGAAUUCUAUUUUAUUUUAAAAAUAAUAAUAGUAAAAUAAUAAUAAUAAUGACUUGCUUUGUAGUGGAACUGUGGCAGGCCAGUGACUCUAGCUGACAGGAUUAGUACAGCGCUUCUUGAGCCCAGUGGCAUUUUCCACCUGGGCUCAGGAAAGAGGAAUUGAACAGAGAGGUGAAAGAGGGCGUAUCACAAAGUGCACUACAUAAUUAACCUCAAGCGGUUUAACUUCCUCGGUUCUUGAAUUCCUUAGGUAAUAAUAUGGAAAAAUGCUAUUUUUUUAAAGAUUUUAUUUAUUUGUUUG